AUGGCGACCCCGAGCACUGUUUCUCUCAUCACCCCAACUGGUCUUUCCUACCAGCAGCCGACAGGACUGUUCAUCAAUAAUCAGUUUGUUGGCGGGCUCAACGGGCGCACUAUUGACGUGAUAAACCCAGCAACAGAAGAGAAAAUCUGCAGCGUCAGCGAGGCACGCGAGAACGAUGUGGACAGGGCCGUCGCAGCCGCUCGCAAGGCUCUAAACGGGCCCUGGAAACUGGCCACUCCUACUGAACGAUCGCAGUAUCUCUACAAGCUGGUCACCCUGAUGGAGGAGUCUCUGGAGAAGCUGGCGGCGGUUGAAUCGAUGGACAAUGGGAAGCCGAUCAACAGCGCCCGGGGCGACAUUGGGGAGGCGAUCGGGUGUCUCCGGUACUAUGCUGGCUGGGCGGACAAGAUUGAAGGGCGAGUUAUCGACACCAGUCCUCAGCAUUUCAACUAUACCAGACGCGAACCGAUUGGCGUCUGCGGGCAGAUCAUCCCAUGGAAUUUCCCCCUGAUGAUGUGGGCUUGGAAAAUCGGACCGGCCAUUGCGUGUGGAAACACGGUGGUGAUCAAGACCGCAGAGAUGACCCCCCUGUCUGCCCUGGUUGCAGCUGAGCUCAUCAUGCAGGCAGGCUUCCCUCCUGGGGUCAUCAACAUCAUUACUGGCUAUGGCGACAUUGCAGGGUCUGCACUCUCGCGUCAUAUGGACGUGGACAAAGUCGCCUUUACAGGAUCUACAGCCGUCGGUCGCAAGAUUCUCAAGGACGCAGCCAACUCCAACCUGAAGAAGGUGACUUUGGAGCUGGGAGGAAAGUCGCCGAACAUUGUCUUCAAUGACGCAAACCUCGACCAGGCUGUUCGCUGGAUCCACAACGGAGUCUUCUCGAAUAUGGGGCAAAACUGCUGCGCAGGCAGUCGGAUCUACGUGCAGUCGGGCAUCUACGAUGUCUUCGUGCAGAAGCUCAAGGAACACGUCCAGCAACUUGUUAUUGGGCCUCCUGAGGACGAAAAGACCACUCACGGAGCGCAGGUCUCCAAGACUCAGCUGGAACGUAUUCUUGGGUAUGUGGAAUCUGGCAAGAAGGCCGGCGCCAGAGUGGAGACUGGAGGAAAGCGCGUCGAUCGACCAGGCUGCUUUAUGGAGCCCACCAUCUUCUCCGGCGUCUCGAGCGACAUGGAGAUCGUGCGCGAAGAGAUCUUCGGCCCUGUUGGUGUCAUCGCCAAGUUUGAGACGGUUGACGAGAUCGUCGAGGCCUCCAACGACACCACGUACGGAUUGGCCUCGGGGAUACACACCGAGAACCUCAAGACGGCAAUCGAGAUGGCCAACAAGAUCAAGGCCGGCACGGUGUGGGUGAAUCAGUACAACGGGGUGCACUGGCAGCUGCCCUUUGGCGGAUUCAAGCAGUCGGGCAUUGGGCGAGAGCUGGGCGAGGAGGCGCUGUUCAACUACACGCAGACCAAGACCGUCUCGGUGAAUCUGGGAAUCCCCGUCGUGUAG